AGUUAAUGAAUGAAGAAGAACACCAAAGAACCUGGUGCUGGUACCUCUUGGAUCAUUGGAGCUGCAUCUCCUGCUCGAGUUAGCAGUUCAUCUGGCUCCGAAAAAGAACAAGGCCGCUUUUCAGUCAGCUAUGUUAAAGAAGGACAAUUUAGAAAACCAGGACAAGAUGCUGCAAUGAUCAUACCAACAAGUAUAUUUGAUGAGCAUGAGCGAUUUCCCUCAAGUGAGUACUUUUCUCUAAAAUAUAAAAGUUGAUAGUAAGGAUGAUAAAAAUAUUUAGAAAUCUAAUUAUCUGUUUUUAAAAAUCUUAUUUUAAACAGAUCAUAAAUUUUAUUAUCAUUUUACUAUGUGGGGUGAAUUUCUAUGAGCAGUCAAAGAAAAUUAAACUAAAGAAAUCAGAUGAUAAUCAUGCAGAAGCAAAUUACUGAAUAUUAAAAUGUGAACAUGGGACAGAUCUUCACACCACAUUUAUUAGUGUUUUAAUCCUUCUAGUACUGACCUACUUUUUUUGCUAUGCACUGGCUAUUAUUUUGCUAAUUAUUCCCUGUGGCCCAGACAUUAUUUUGGAAUGAGCCAAAAUUUGAUAGGUUUGCAAAUUAAUUUGUAACUUUAUUUUUUUAAACAAUUGAUAACAUGUAAAGAAUUAUCUGUUGAGAAAUAGAUAAGGGUGUUAAAAAUACCAAUUUGUUUUAUUCACACUUUUCAUUUGGCAAUGGGCACACUAGGGGAUUAUAAAGAGUCUUAGGAGGUAUGGGGCCUCUUUGUUCCAACCUUCCAGUUGAUCUUCAUCUAAAUCAAUAUCUACGUUUGAGCUAUUUUGAGCUAAAGUGGGCCUACUUCCUUCAGCAAUUUCAACCCACUCUUCCUCAUCAGAAUCAUCUAAUCUCAAUAAAAGCUCAAUAAUAGUUUCAGAACAAAAGGUUUCAUCAAGUAGGCAUAAAUUUUCAUCAACAGUAUCGCUAGUUAGCUCCAUGGAAACAAUAAAUACAGAUCCGACAAAAAAAGUCAGUAAUUGGUUGAUUUUCAUCAUUUAAAAGGCAAUAUAAAAUUCUACUAUUCCCCUAAUGAAUAAACAUUUUGCCAGAGACUGGGGUGAAAGGUUAUAUCCUCGUUUUUGUGUUUAUAUUAGAUACCCCUCAAUGUGGCAAAGAGACGUGCUUGAGCCACAGGGAAAAAAUCGGCUGUUGAAAUGAGACGCGCUUGGGCCAUAGGGAAAAGAGUAGGUCACUGCAAAAAGACGUGCCCAGUGCUGUAGGGGUUAAGAAAUAGAGUGAUAUAUUGUAUAUUUUUGUCAACUGGUAGUUGGAAAUCCUCCAUUUUUCAAAUAAACAAAAAUAUUGAGAUUGCCACUGGGACAAGGAAUUUUAAGAAUUGUCGAUUUGAAAACGGAAAUUGUGAUGAUCUUGCAUAAUUAAGUGGCAUCACAAAAAAAAACAUUGGUUGGAUGAAUAAUCAUGCAGAAGCACUUCACAGAAACAUAAGGGAAAUGGCAAAAGCGAAUAGUCCCUAUCCCAAAUUUCAAGUUCUUAGGGGCCAUCCAUAAAUUACGUCACGCAAAUUUUGCCGAUUUUUUACCCCCUCUCCCCCCAUCGUCACAAAUCAUCACAAAAAGUUAUACCCCCCUCAAAUAUAACGUCACAAAUCUCUGCACCCCCCCCCCUUUUUUUUAAAAAAAAGUCCCUGUGUUCACUAGUGUCCUUUACAAACCCUAAAGAAAUUCACCUCCCAUGGAUAUCAAAUUACUACACCCGUGUCAGAAACAUUCCACUAAAUCAGUGGUUCUUUAACAGGGGUACAAGUACCUCCCCAGCCUUAAGGUGUGGGAAACCAAAAAAAUUGUAUUCAGUGGCGUAGCUAGGGGGUGCGGACCGCACCGGCCGACACCAUCUCAGACAGACUCAGGAGGUGACACCAAAUUGAAAGAUAGCGUUAUUACAGAGCACACACUGAUCGGUCUAACCGAAAUUCGUAAAAGGAUAACAGAUGACUAGUACAUUUUCCACCCAUGUAACCAAUCAAAAUGCGUGUUUAUUUCGUUAGUAUUAAAAUUUCAAGGUUGAUGCGUCAGCAAAUAGGUUACCCUAUUAUUAGGUCAGAAGCACACCAUUUGACCAUGUUUCAUAGCCGAAUGAAGUGUUAGGCAAUUUUUGUAAGCGACAGGAAGCUAUUUUUAUCUAAAUUCUGAGAAAUAAAACUAUCCUUUGAUAACAGUGGGCGAUUCUUAGAAUGUUGCAGUUCUUAAAUACAUUCACCCCCUGACAUCAAUUAAUUUUUUGUUGUUCUUGUAUUUCUUAUACUUUGGACUAAGUUUAACAAGAAGAAAUACAUCGUUAAAAAAAGGGUAGGGAUGUUGACACCACGACGGGGUGGUACCAACCCUAACUACGCCACUGAUUCUAUUUGCUGCAAUUGCAAGUUGUUGCUGCUUUAAAAAAAAAAAUAUUUUUUUUUAAAUUAAUGGAUUUUGAUUAGCAGCAGUCAAUGGUGAAUUUCAUUGGCGCAUUGUGUGUAUAGGUAAUUUUUUCCCCUGUUUAUAAAAAGUUAAUUAAAGAAAUAAAACUACGAUAACUAAAUUAUUUAAUUAUUUUAAAUUUUAUUAUAAUGUAAUUUAUACGGUUAGGGGAGGGAUUUGUAAAAGGGAGUGGGCCUGCAGCGCUGCAAAAAAAAAAUCUUUAGAAUCCCUGCUCUUGAGCUUUUACUAAGAUACCCCCCACCACCCCGCGAUCAACCUUUUUUUCCCGCUCCAUCCCACUUCUUCUGUCCAGAUUUAGCCAUAAAUUCUCACGACUGUCAUUGUAACUACAUUCCGAUUCUCCUACUGCUGGGUGUCCUAUAACUUGAUCUGAGGCCAUUCUUCGAAACUUGCACUGAUGCUCUCAGUGAUAGUAGUUUUAAAAUGAAAUAUUUAUAGUUGUUUGUUUUUUUAAAAAUGAUGUAAAAAAAUGUCUGUCAUUCAGUGUUAUGAAGUGAAAUUCUUUACUACAACAUUCUGCUUUUCAUUUGACGUCACAUGGCUUGAGGCUCCCCCCCUCCCCCUCGUCACACAUCUUCACAAAAAUCUGACACCCCCCACCCCCCUGACGCGUGACGUCAUUUAUGGAUGGCCCCUUAUAUGCAGGUCAUCAUUAUAAAAGUGCAGAAAAUACUAGCUAUUUAGUAAAUGUUUAAAAAGCUUUGUAGUUAUUUUUAAAAUUAAAUGGAGCUUUAUCUGCUUUAAAAAGUAGUGAAGGUUGGUUAAUGCUGAUUAGAUAAAUAGUUGCUGCCUUGAUAACUUAUGUUAUUCAUAUAUCUGGCAGAAAAGUUUCUUCCACAAAGUUCAUUUCAGUCAGUUUUGGACGUAAAGGAAGGCAGUUCAAGUGAGUCCCCUAAUGAUAUUGUAAUUAAAUCAUGAGCAGUGAGCUCUAAAUCAUUUCACUGGCAACCAAUUGAAUGGUAAAACUUAAACAUUUUUAAUUUUAGGCAGAUUUGGAACUUCAAUCUUAAAAUAUUUAAAAUUGGCACAUGAUUUUGAAGCAAAUUGUUAAUUUGUUAAUUGUAUGAAUUAAAUAAUCUGCAACUUCAACUGCAAUACAUUUGAUUACUAAUUGUUGUGAUUAUUUUAAACCAAAUGUAAAGAUUUAAUGGAGACUUUCUGUUAAAAUCUACACAAAUGAAGCUCCUUUCCAGAGAUAGGAUCAACCAGAACAAUCCUGAAAAAGAGUCUAACAAAAAUCUCCAUUAGUUAUGCAUUUCAUCUUCCCUGGUUAUCUGGUUGCCGUUUUAUAAAUUUUUCAUGGUGCAAUCUUUCUCUUCGCUUAAGUGUCCCUGGACACCAAUCUAAGUGAUUGCAAUAAAGUUUUUUUCAAAACAAGAAUAAAUAAAGACAGGGUAGAUGAUAUAUUUCAUUCAUUGAUUUUUGUGAAUCGUGGAUCAUGCAUUUUCUGAUAUGUUGACCAGCAAUAUUCCAGCUUUCAUUGUCUAUGUCCAUAUUUGAUGUGCAUUGAAUGCUUUAUUCAAAGCAUUUACAAACUGAUUUAUAAGGCAGGCCUAGAUUUAUUUAAUAUUUGUAGAAGAAUUAUUCUGUCUCUGGCUUUUAAAGCUUAAUCGUUUACAUUUUCCCUUCAAACACCAUAUUUCCUCGAAAGCCAAUCUUGUUCUUGCCAAAUUUUUUUAUGUUUGGCUCUUACUAUCCCAAAAGAAAUGAAAAGUACGGCUUAACUGUGCAGCCAUUUUGAAAACCAUGGGGUAAACAUAAAUCAUUUUUAAAUAUACACAAAUCACCAAAAGAUAUUUUUGUAAAUUGUCAUUUAUAUUAUCAAAGACUAAAUAGAUUUUAUGUAUUCUUUUUUGGAUUGACUGAUAGGAAAAAGAACCCCAUUUGUUGUCAUUCAUUCAAAAAUCACAAUUCAAGCUUCACUUUGACUGUUGAUAAAGAGACGUUCUGAGACAUUCUUUUCUAUUGGCUUCUAUUCUGAAACACAAUAUUUGCCUCAUAAAGUUUCUGAAGUCAACAAACAAACAAAGUUCUUGUUCUUCACUUAAAACAAAUUUCUGCAUAUCCUUCUAUGAAAUGUAAUGUUUGUUCCAGGCUAACGUACAUUCUUUUUCCUAAGUAUGGAGGCAAUCAUUCGUCAACUGGUGCGAUUGUUUUUCAUACAAUAUGCAGAGUCCAUGUCUUAUCUUGAUCUUCCAUUUUGGCACUCAAUAACCAAUAUAUGUUUGGUUUUUUCAAACACAGUACAGAUUUCCUGCAUGUUGAAAGAAAAUUCUAUUUGCAACUGUUUUAAAAGAUCAAGCAAGGAAGCUUAAGAAAUUGAAAUUUAUGUGUCCAAUAGGAUAAGGAUUUUACAUCUGAAUAUUUUGCACAUAAUUAGAGAAUAAAGCAGAACAAAGUCUAUUUUGUCCUUUGAACUUAUCAACUUAUAAUUGUUUGGAAAUCUAUAAAAAGGGUUUGAAAAGUAAUCUUAACAAAACAUACACAUCAUUCUGCCUUAUCAUAAUGCUUCAUGUCAACCUGUCCUUCGCUAAAUGAACUAAAUUUUAAAUAAACUACUUGACUUGCUACCAUAUUUCUAUUAGGUGUAAGGGUUAGCCCUGAGGAAUACAGGAAACACUUAACGGAACAUCCAAAAAAGACCACUUUGACGCUUUAUGAGGUAACUUUAAUUAAAAAUCUAAAUUUUUAAUGACAAAAAUGCAUGCAGUCACACUAUCUCAAAUGCAUGGUGACUUCCCAACUCAUACAAAUAUGAAGGUAGAUAAAAUUGAAAACAAAAUAUCCAGGUAGUUUUAAGAUACUUUUAGUAGAGAUUUAUUUGAAGCCUCUAUAAAGAAGAUAAUGGAAUCUUGACAAUUGUUUAUGGGAUACAUGGAAUAACAAAUAGGAAGCAAAAAGGCUGCAGGCAGAAUUCCCAAAAUGGUCUUAACACCAGACAUGAAAAAAAUUGAAAGGAAUGCUUAAAAGUUUAUAAAGUUUCUGUAAAUGUAGUGCCGUAGUCCUUAACUUAAUUAUUUGCCAUGUUCCAAUACUUUGGCUUUUGAAUCUGGCCGGCAAGAUCAGUGUGAAGAUAGAUCAGCUCAGCGAGCAUACACGAACGGAGGCUUUUGUAACAAUAAUUGAGUACCUCAACUUGAGAUUUUUACAAUUUUGGAUUGUGUCACAAGAUUUUAUCUUUUAUAAACUCGCUAGAAAAAAUAUGUGGAGAAAAAAUUCUAUAGACUUAGCAAUCCUUUUGUGCAUCACUUUAAUAAGAACUUUUAAACAAAAAUUAACCAGGUAGAAAUCGUGAAAUUAAUACAUUGUUUUAAUGAGACUACCAACUGUAAAACUAUAGAAACAAAUAUAGAAAUAUGAUUUUUUAAAGUACUCCUAUGACAUGCAUCAGCCGAAAGGUCCUUCAAAGCUAGCUGAAAGUGUUAACUUUUGUAUUAAUUCAUUCUGUACUUGUAAAUUUAUUUUGAUACAUGUAGCAAUCUUUUAUGAUAUCUGGAAUGGUUAUUAUGAAUCACAAAAAAUUGUCUGUGUUAACUUUUCUCUGAAAAUGGAUGUGAUUGUGUUGUUAUUGUGUCUGUUUUGAAUUUUUAAAAAUAAUCUUUCACAAUCUGCAUUUAAAUUAGAGAAAUAGAAAAUGUAUUUCAGAUCAUAAGUUCCUGACGAUAAUUCAAUUAUGUCUUGGUUUCAAAUUUUGAAAAAAUGAUGAGCUGUUCUUAAUUUGAUGCCUUAAUAUUCUCAGGGGAUUCUGUCAUCCAUUCAGUUUUGAAAAUCCCAUGACUAUUGUCUAUAUGUCCUACUUUCUGUUUGUUUAAAUGAAGGCCUCCUAGUGGAAAGAAUAAUGAGAAUAAAGAAUGAAAUAAAAUAUAAAAUGCUCAAAUAUUAUGUCAUCCCUCUAAAUAACACACUAAUCUUAUCAAAAUAAUGGAAUCAAAGGCACAUUAGGGAAAAAGAAUAACAUUCUUUAGUCUGGUGCUACAAUACAGACAAGCCUAGGAAAUUUUUUUGGUUAAAAUUAUGGACAUGAGCGGAAUAAUUACAAAUUAUAUCUUGAUUUGUUGAUAUAUUUAUGUUUUAUUACUAUCUGAAGGCCACUACUGUGAUUCUCACUUUGGCUUAGACUAAAUUUCAAUAAUUGGCUUGAGGCCAUCAGUUUUAUCUAAGAACUUAACUGAUGAUUCAAUUUCUUAAAACAGGAUGAUCUUCAUGGGAACGUGGACUCAAUACAGCGUGUCGUAAAGAAGACCGUUGAAAGUAAUAUAAUAGAUGAAAAAAGUAAUUCGAAGAAAGGAGGGGUAAGUUUCCCAUGGCAGUACAAUAAUACAAUAGAGGUGGGGUCUCGAAGCGAAAGCAGGGGCCUCUGAAUGUGAUUAUUCUUUAAAAAACACAUCAACUUAGUUUCAUUCAUUUCCAAAAUUUAUUGCACUUGUUUUUUUUAACUUUCAUUUACUUUUAAAACUAAAUUUUUUGGCAAUUUAAUUUUCAAUUUUUUAAAUUUUGCUUUAACUGAAAAGCAAAGAACUAAGCAUCUUAGAAAAAUAAUUAAGCAACACACUAUCCUUAUUGUAAAAAUAUAUGAAAGUCAAAAAGAAAAAAAAAAGGAGAGCUUUUCUUUAAAAGAUUUGAAAAAUGUGUUUUUCAGAAAGCCAACUUGGGAACAUUUUUAGGUGUCUUCCUGCCCUGCUGUCAGAAUAUUGUUGGUGUUAUUUUUUUUGUGCGAGUGCCAUGGAUUAUUGGCUGUGCUGGAGUUAUGGAGGGCUCUAUUAUAGUACUGAUUUGCUGUGGUAUGGUAAGAAAGUUACAUUACUUUGGGUUAUGUUCCAAAAAAUAUGAAAUGUUGGGACCUGUCAGACCUAAUUAUAUGAAGUUUUGAUUUUAUUUUGAUUUUACAAAAAAAAAAUUAUUAAUGCAUAACUGAACUUGUUACUUACACCAAUAUUUUUGUCUUAAUCUCUUUUGGGCUAACACGUUUUUGAAGUUUAGACGAUAUAGUUUGAAAAAAAAAAUAAUUGUUAAAUUAUCAAACUUGGAAUUGUUAAUUAAAUAUUCAUUUUAAUUUAGGAAAACUGGCCUCUCAGAGAUUGAUUUUAAAAUGAUUUUUUAAAAAACAUCAUAUUGUUAUGCUUUUUAAUACAGCUGAAACAAAUGAAAUACUCAUUUGAUAGGUUCAGUUUAGUGCAAAAAAUAAAUAAUUUGGAACCAAUGCUUAAAACUUCAGGUGCUUAAAACAAGACGCAGUAUGAUUAUUUACCCUCGAAAUCUAUUUCUUCCCUGGAGCCAGAUGACUACUGAUCCAACCCCAUUUAUUAUCUUAAAGUUAAAUAUAACUUUCUUCAGUUUUUACAGUUUUAAGGAUAUCAGGUUUGGGUAAAAGUAACACCCUAAACCUAAAGUGAUUCUCAUUUAUUAAAUUCUGAAUGAAAUUUUAUUUUAAUGAAUAUUAAACUCUCAGUAUUUAUUAUCUACUAAACUCUCAGUACCAUAUUUCAGAGCCUCUGUACUGCUUUAUCCAUGAGCGCCAUUGCAACCAACGGAAGAGUGACAGCGGGAGGGACAUACUUUAUGAUAUCUCGUUCGCUUGGUCCUACUUUUGGGGGAUCUGUCGGAGUGCUGUUUUUUCUCGGGAC